CUCUUCAACAAACCCUCACACAAUCAUACCAUUUACUUUUUAUUGUUUUCCUCUGAAACUUGUUUCAUCACAAUCACCUUUUUGUUUCUCUUUCACAAUGGCUAAAAAUGUUGCUCAAUCUGCUACCUUGGCUUCCCUUGACCAACAGCUGGCCAUGGCCAAGCGCUGCUCUCAUGAGGGCGUGCUGGCCGGAGCUAAGGCAGCCGUUGUUGCUACCAUUGCCACUGCAAUUCCAACUUUAGCUAGUGUAAGGAUGCUGCCAUGGGCAAGAGCCAAUCUCAAUCACACCGCACAAGCUCUCAUAAUCUCCACAGCGGCUGGAGCUGCUUAUUUUAUAGUUGCGGACAAGACUGUUUUGGCUACGGCACGGAAGAACUCCUUCAAGCAUGCACCUAACAUGGAGACAAGAAUCUGAGUUUGGUUUAAAUUUAGACUCGGCAUCUGAUGUAAACCAUCAUUAUUACCAUUCAGUACGCUAUAAAAAAGGGUUGGAAUUAGGAAGAAGGGGUGGGGUGAGUUGAAUUAGUAUUCUCUAAGAAGCUGGUAUUUGCUCCAGUUGCUAUGUAAUCCAUCGGAUUUGUAAUAUAUAAAUAAAGAUGGUUUUCCUUUA